AUGAUAUUUCUACGGAAGCUUCUGUCAACUGGCAACCGGUUGCAUCAACAGUUUGCUGUGGACAUGUGGUGUGCGUGGCUAGACCACCGAUUGCCUUUCAACGAGCAGCAAGAAGAAGAGAUUGUUUCUGCGCUCAAAAACAGUGUGGCAGCUUGCCAUGCCAUUCAAGCCUGGUCGUUCGGACGGUUGGAGCAGGUAUUUCAAGCUCGUGGGAAGAGCUGCACCGGUUCUUCUCUCAAGAGGUGGGCAAAUUCAUCCGACGAGGAGGAGGCAGCUUUACCGCGAUUUCGAUUCAGCUCUCUGGACGCAUUCUAUCAGCGGAAUUCUAGUCUGGAUGGCGCGGCCUCCACUGGGUUAGUGUUCCAGAAACUGUUGUCGUGCCUGAUCCAGUUUGAGAAAGCUGCGUGGCAGUCGAAACGCUCGUCUGAGGGUUUGCCGAUCGAGGGUCUCAGUGAGAACGACAGUGACAUUAAGCAGUGGCUCGUCGACUUGGUUUCCAACUGGAAAUAUUUCUUUUAUUGGAUCUGCCAGGACUCUGACAACUUACUGAGUCAGUCAACGCAAGGCAGAGCUUGCGACAAGAGUGCGUGGUGGAAACUUGUUGCUCGUAUCUACGUUGGCUGUGGGAUUUGCAACAUUGCGAUCGAAAUGUUGCUUUCGGUCUGGUCUCUGAUGGAAGUGGAGUUCAGUUUGCAUCGGAUGGUUCAGAAGCUUACGUCGCAUUAUGCGAACGAGAUGGAAGCAAGUCUAUCGAAAGAAUACGUCAGGGCUGCAUCGUAUGGGCUUCACCGAGUGCUACAGCGCGAGAAGCUUCAACUGUUGACAGCGAUCCAGAGUAUCCUUCAGGAUACGUCUGCGUCAGAUUCAAUGCAGCAAAGGCGACUUGAUGGAGUGUCGUUUGACGCUGUUCUGUUCACUCUGGACGCGUGUUGCAGCUCACUCGGUGACGACGACUUGUUCGGGGCGUUUUAUCCCCGUGAAAUCGAAGAAGACGAGCUCAGUGAAGCUGGUCGUAUACUCGAGAUCCUGCUGUCUGUCUACGUAAGUGUUCGUGAUCGUAUUGUAAUCCGGUUCUCGCUGUAUGCAGCUUCCAUUUCCUCCAAAUUCCCAACUUCAGCGCGACAUCUCGUCGCUCCGAGCAAAAACGCAAGAGCAUUUGUGCUGCUCGAGACAAAAGGCGGAGAAGAGAUGCUGGAGCACGUUUGCAGUGCGAUCGGACGGAAUCCGUGGCUCGAAGGUCAAGGAAACGCUGGCGUCAAUAAUUUUGGCCAUUUAUCUCGCUACUUCUUGAGUGACGUCCAGAAGUGGGUUCCGCUGGAUGGACUUACGAAGCUGAAUCUCCACGCACUCUCUUCUCUUGCCUACGAUAUCUUGUGCGUCAAUGUUGUGUACAACCCACGACUUCUUCGACUGCUCAUGAGUAUCUGUCUUCCAGUUCCGCCGGCACUUUGCAUCCAGACGUUUAAAAGCAGGCGAAACGAUGGAACACAAGCACGCCGGAAGCGCCUACGACAAGACCUUAGUGCCAGGUCUUCGUACGGGUUACGAGUGGAUUCCGGCUCGGAAUCCGACGCUAGCUGCUCUUCCGACUCCGACGGCUCCCGCAUUCCACAUCUCCAGUCUCAUGCUUGCCAAAGCAUCGCCAUCUUGGCCGUCCUGGCUGUUCUCGAACAAUCUCAAGCCACACUGCUCAGUGCCAUCACUGCAAAAACCAGCAGCAGUGAGCCCUGCUCGUUUCCCCAUCGCCAGGAAAUUCUGGGUUACCUUCGGAUUCACGAGCUAGUCAACAAGGCGAUUAGCGACGAUCGAGAUUUCUCGUGGGGGACCCGGAAAGUGCUGCUGAAGAUCCUUCACAUGAUUGAAUUAGGUCUACGUAUCGGCAAGGCAAUCGAGCGUGGGUUGAAGGGAUCAAGGAUGCAAGUCAAGACCCUGGAACGAAAGCAAAGGUGCGUUCUACUACUUUUGAGAUGA